UUAAUGGAAAAUUAACAAAAUAAUUUUAUGAUAUAAGUUGAUCAUUUAUACAGUUUAAAUUUUAAUAUUCUUAAGAAAUGAUUUACAAAACAUAUUCUUUUGUUUUAAUUUUUGUAAUUGAUUUUUAUUUUGGUGAUGUUUUUGGAAACAUAAUUUUAAUUGGUGAAGAAGGUGUGAUGGAUAUUAUACAUCGAACGGAUAAAGAUGAUUAUUGUAAUGACGCUAAAAUGAUUACUAUACCUGGUUGUUACAAAUCUUCAAAAGUUUUGAAGUGUGGGCCAUUAAAUAUCGUAUUCGUGAAUAAGAAAAAAGUUUUUGCAGAAAUUGAUAUCAAUUAUUUUAAACGUGGUGUUAAAACUGCAAGUAACAAAAAAACGAUUAAAAUCACGUUUGGAGAAAAUAACAUCAUUUUAAAUAAUGAAAAAUACAAAUACAAAUACAAUGAAGUUGAUAUUAAUAAAUUGCAAUCAUCAAUUAAAAAUUUAGAUUCCAAAAUAGAAAUUAAUAUAAUUAAAAUCUAUGAGAGUAAUCUUUCUAGUAAUAGAACUUUAGCUCAUUCUACGGUUUAUGAUAAAAAUAUAAAAAGUCAACUGAAUACAAUAGAAAAUCUGUCUUUAUGGAAAUAUGCCAAAGAGGAGAAAGUUCCCAUUGCUUCUACUUCUACUUCUACUCAAUCCAAUAUAACACUUGAAGAUUUCAUCAAUAACUCAACAACAUAUAAUAAAAAUGUUGCAUUUACUAUUAAGGAAGCACUAAAAAUCAUUGAUAAUCGAACUUUUAAGUAUGCAUUUUUACUAGUCGUAUAUGUCUAUAGGACACUAUUAAUUCACUAUGAUGCAAAAAUAAAAUGGGAAUUAGUUAAAAAAUGUUUUAAACUAUUGAGAAACGCACAAAUCAAAAAUAAAGAAAUCAAUAACAUACUUUAUGACCUACGUAUUGAUUUUAAUAUAUUUGAACCUGAUAAAGCAGAAAACUGUAAGCAAAUUAUCAAAAACUUGAUGGAAAAAUACUCAAAAUUAUUCACAAGUACAAGCCCAUUAUCACAAGAUAAUUUAAUUGAAUAUACAUUUGAGGGAUUUCCUAAACCUCAUGAAAACGACGACAUUCCAUACGCUUUUGAGACUAUACCAACAGAAUUAUCUAUUAUAAUGGAAAAAUUAGAGAAAAUUUUUAAGUUAAUAGAAACAGAAUACAGUACAUUUGAAUUCAGUAAUAUAAAUAUGUAAAGUUGGCACAUAGGAAGUAUUUUUGUGGUAACGGCGAUGUUAUUAAUAUUAAUAUAAUAUUAAUUUUAAUAAAAAGAAAUAAUUUUUAUUAUUCGU